AUGGUCUCCGACUUCAAGGUGGAAGGGGUGGCCCUUACCAGUGGCAAAGUGGAGAUGAUCCUGCAGAGAACACGUGCCCCGUGCCUGCCGCAAAUGCCGCACCGCUGUGCUUACAUGUGGGACCUGCGGGGUCACUAUGGUCACAGCUAUGGUGGCAGCCUGCACGAGGGCCCACUGAGUCAGCCCGGCUUAGCCAUCAUCAAGGCGAUUCUCAUCUUCAACAACCACGGGAAGCCACGGAUCUCCAAGUUCUACCAGCCCUACCGUGAAGAUACACGACAGCAGAUCAUCAGGGAGACAUUCCAUUUGGUAUCGAAGAGAGAUGAAAAUGUUUGCGAUUUCCUAGAAGGAGGAUUGUUGAUCGGAGGAUCUGACAACGAACUGAUGUAUAGACAUGGAACAUUGUAUUUUGUUUUCUGUGUAGAUUCUUCUGAAAGUGAACUUCGCAUUCUAGACUUAAUUCAGAUCACUGUGGAGACCAAUAUGAACGAAAUUUUCACACAAAUCGAUACACAAAAUAAACUGGAGAAAUCUGAGGCUGGCUUAGCAGGAGCUCCAGUCCGUGCCGUAUCAGCUGUAAAGAUUAUGAAUCUUCCUGAGAUCCUAAGAAAUAUAAACAUUGGUGACAUCAGUAUUCAAGUGCCAAACCUGCCCUCUUUUAAAUAA